AGCCUUCUGCGGGCCGCUGCUAAGGAUGGAGCGGGGUGGAAUGUAACGCGGGCGGGGUGGGGGAUGCCUGGAGCCGCCGUAGCGCCAGCGAUCACCGCGUAGCACGGAGCAUCGGCUGCCAUGGACGCCAUCGGUGUCCUCGCAUGGCUCUCCGUCGCUUAUUUAGUACGUCCCGCUGGUGGCAGGGGACGUAGCCAAAGGCAGCGUUAUUACGGCCCUAAGCUGAGAUCCGCCGUACAGGGAAACGUGGUCACCAUCCUUUCAAAGUCGCACGCGGACCGCAACGUGUACCCCUCGGCGGGGGUCCUGUUCGUCCAUGUUCUGGAACGAGAAUACUUCAAGGGGGAGUUUCCUCCUUACCCCAAGCCGGGCGAUGCCAGCAAUGACCCCAUCACCUUUAACACGAAUCUGAUGGGCUACCCGGACAGACCAGGGUGGCUUCGCUACAUCCAGAGGACUCCUCACAGCGACGGGGUCCUCUACGGAUCUCCCACAGCGGAGCACGUGGGAAAGCUCACCGUUAUCGAGAUUACGGCCUAUAACAGGCGAACGUUCGAAACUGCCAGGCACAAUCUGGUCAUCAACAUCAUCUCUACAGAAGAUUUUCCCCUGCCGUACCAGGCCGAGUUUUUCAUCAAGAACAUGAAUGUGGAGGAAAUGUUGGCCAGCGAGGUGCUGGGAGACUUCCUGGGUGCCGUGAAGAACGUCUGGCAACCCGAACGCCUCAACGCCAUCAACAUUACAUCAGCGCUGGACAGGGGCGGCCGCGUCCCCCUGCCCAUCAACGACCUUAAGGAGGGGGUGUACGUCAAGGUGGGUGCCGAUGUGCCGUUCUCGUCCUGCCUGCGUGAGGUAGAGACGCCGCAGAACCAGCUGCGCUGCAGCCAGGAGAUGGAACCCGUCAUCAGCUGCGAUAAGAAGUUCCGGGCGCAGUUCCACAUCGACUGGUGCAAGAUCUCCCUGGUGGAAGUCACCAAAGCGAGCCACGGGGAGAGGCUCCGGGAGAGGCCAGCGUUCGGCCCUGGCGUGCUGCCAGACAUCGGCGAGUACCAGCCCCCUUCCGAGGAGCUGCAGGGCAGGGACUACUUCUCCGACUUCGUGAUCACGCUGGCCGUGCCCUCCGCCAUUGCCCUGGUUCUCUUCAUCAUCCUGGGUUAUGCCAUGUGCUGCCGCCGCGAAGGGGUGGAAAAAAGAAACAUGCAAACACCAGACAUCCAGCUGGUCCACCACAGCUCCAUCCAGAAGUCCACCAAGGAGCUGCGCAGCAUGUCGAAGAACCGGGAGAUUUCCUGGCCGCUGUCCACGCUGCCCGUCUUCCACCCCGUGAGCGGGGAGGUGGUUCCGCCCCUCCACCCGGAGAGCUACGAAACCACAAGCAUGCCGCUGAUGCAGACGCAGACUAACCUUCAGAAUCAGAUGCAGAUUCCACGGCAACAGCCAGCAGGAGAUAAUUACUGUAUGUCAACUUUUCGAAGGCUGGAGGUAAAUGGUAUUCCUGAAGAGAGGAAGGUGGCUGAAGCCCAGAAUCUGUGAUGCGGUCAUAGAUAAUUCAUGCAAAGCCCAUGCGGACAUCGAGCACAGUGCUACGGCGAACAUGUAAAUAAUAUAUAGACUAAUAAGUUGCCUUUUGGGAAAAAAAAAAACACUUCAGAAGUAUUUCGAGGAUCCUUAUUUGUCAGAGAGAAGCGAUGCAGGUUACGACCUUUACGUUAUGGACAAGUGUGUUUCCAGGCAAAGUGGAGAGAGAACAGGUGUAGCUCUCAGCGUCGUGUCCUUCAGUUUAACAGCUGUUAGCCUUGUAUCUGUUUGUUAUUCUGCCACAUAAUGAAAGUAAAGAUGUUUGGAUA